CUUUCUCGCAUUAGCCGUCCCCGGGGCAAAUUACAAUCAAUCGGGCGUGAUUAUCUGUGAUAAAAAUGUGAAACAAUCGAUUUUUAAUGGUUCAUUGUACCUGAGACGCACCCUUACACGCCCAGAAAUCAGUAUUGUCUGUGAAACCGUUUUCGACCCGCUUCAGUCAUGUUCGUACAGUUCCUGCUCGUGGUCAGCCUCGGCUGGCUGUGGAUUUACCUGCACUUCAAGCAGCGGUACCGGUUCUGGGCCGAGCGGCAGGUGCCGUUCCUGGAGCCAUCGUUUCCGGCCGGCAAUGUGCCCGACACCCUCAAGCCAACCAUCCACUUUGCGUACAUCAUCGAGAAGCUGUACAAGAGGCUGAAAUCGAAGGGGGAUUAUGUUGGCAUUUACUUCUUCCGCGAUCCGGUACUGCUCGUCCUAUCGCCCGAGUUUGCCCGGACGGUGCUGGUGAAGGAUUUUAACUACUUCGUCGAUCGGGGUGUGUACAGCAACGAGGAGGUGGACCCACUGUCGGCGAACCUGUUCUUCCUGGAGGGCAAUCGAUGGAGAAAGCUAAGAUCGAAGCUUGCGCCAACCUUUACCUCGGGCAAGCUGAAGGCCAUGUUCCACACGAUAGUGGACGUGGGUAACCGGUUGGACCAGCAUCUGGCGGAAAAAUGCCAGCAAGUGAAGCGGAUCGACGUCCGACAGCUGAUGGCAUGCUUCCUGACCGACGUGAUCGGUUCGUGUGCGUUCGGGAUCGAUUGUAAUAGUCUGGAAAACCCCAACUCACAGUUCCGUGUGAUGGGCAAGCGGAUGAUAAACCUACCUAAAUUAAAAGCCCUCAAAGUGUUCUUCGCCAUGAUGUUCCGCAAGCAGGCGAGAGCACUCGGCAUACGGUUCAACGAUGAAGACGUUUCGGACUUCUUCAUGAACGUGGUGCGCGACACAAUCCGCUACAGGGAGGAGCACAGUGAGCGGAGGGACGAUUUUAUGCAGCUGCUGAUCGACAUGAUGAAACAGGACGGCGCGGCUGAGGAAGAUCCGCUCAAGUUUGAGGAGGUCGCCGCGCAGGCGUUUGUGUUUUUCUUUGCCGGGUUUGAAACGUCCGCCACCACGCUGACCUUUGUGCUGCAUUUGCUCGCCAAACAUCCGGAAGUGCAGCUAGAGGGACGGGAAUGUGUUCGAGAUGUGUUGGCGAAACAUGAUAACAAACUGUCGUACGAUGCGGUCAUGGAGAUGGAGUACCUCGGGUGGAUUGUGAAUGAAACGCUCCGUCUGUAUCCACCGGUCGCAACGCUGCACCGAAUCACCACCCAACCCUACCAACUCCCUAACGGUGCCAUCCUCCCGGAAGGUGUUGGUGUGAUCCUGCCCAACCUAGCCUUCCACUACGACCCAGACUACUUUCCCGAUCCGUACGAUUUCAAGCCGGAACGUUUUGCGGUAAAGAACGAUUUCAAGAACAACUUUAGCUAUUUACCCUUCGGCGAGGGGCCACGGAUAUGUAUCGGGAUGCGCUUCGGGCUGCUGCAGACACGGCUCGGACUGGCGAUGCUGUUGCGCAACUACCACUUCACCAUUGACCCGUCGGACGCGGCCCGUCCGUUGCGCAUCGAUCCGAUCAAUUUGACGCACGGACCGGAGGGGCAAGUGUGGCUGAACGUUGAACGUAUCGCAUAAAAAUGUUCCUCUACCUACAGACUACCUCAGCGGAAAGCGGUCUAACCGUUUAACCAAUGGAAAUAAAACGCGCUUAAGCGGCAACCACUCGGUUGAGCUUUUUCACCUUCAA